AAAAAAAAGCAGCUGAAAAAUUUGCAUGCCUAGUAGGUUUUACUAUUAAAGUGUACACAGCGUGGAGUAAUCCGCCGAGCUGGCUGGCUACCCAGAUCACAUGAUUACGUAGCAACGUGAAACUUGAUGAUGUGCUCCGGCAAGUUUUACUUCUCCCUAGUGCAGGCGUGUUUGCUGUGCUUGGCUUGCACGCUCAGAAGUCAGACUCCAGCGACUGGAGCGCUGGCAACCAGAGCGUAACAUGCUGCUCCCUAGGAAAGCCGGGAGCUGCUGACAUUACCACAGAACAGUGACUCGUGUACCUUACCAAAAAGAAUGGAUAAGCUUAAUAAGAUAACUGUCCCAGCCAGUCAGAAGUUGAGACAGCUUCAAAAGAUGGUUAAUGAUAUUAAGAACAACGAAGGUGGAAUAAUGAACAAAAUAAAAAAGUUAAAAGUCAAAGCACCUCCAAGUGUUCCACGAAGGGACUAUGCACUAGAGAGCCCUGCUGAUGAAGAGGAACAGUGGUCAGAUGACUUUGACAGUGACUAUGAAAAUCCAGACGAUCACUCAGACUCCGAGAUGUAUGUGAUGCCUGCCGAGGAGAACGGGGAUGAUAGCUAUGAGCCACCUCCAGCUGAGCAGGAGACGAGGACGGUUCACCCAGCCCUGCCCUUCUCCAGGGAUGAAUAUGUGGACAACCGGUCAAGCCAGAGGCAGUUUCCACUCUUCAGCAAGACUCUUCCCACUAAGCCCAGCUGGCCCUCGGCAAAAACAAGGAUCUCUUCCACUCUACCAGCCCCAAGGGCUCUGCCCAAGCCUCAAGUUCCACCCAAGCCCAGAGACCUUCAAGAUGAGGCUGAUUAUGUGAUUCCUGUGGAUGAUAAUGAUGAAAACUACAUUCACCCCACAGAAAGCAGUUCACUUCCAUCUGAAAAAGCUCCCAUGGUGAAUAGAUCGACUAAACCAAACAACUCCUCGAAAUCAGCUUCUCCUUCAGGAACAGCUUCAGGAGCAGAACAGGGAAUGACCUGCGUGUGUGUUUGUGCAGGUCGAAACAGCGGGGUCUGGGAAUGCAAGUCACCUUCAUCUGCUGCACCAUCCCCACGGCCAAGGGCGGGGAAAGUAACAGCUACACCACUGAAGACAACUGUGGUUGCUUCUCAUAAGAAUGCAUCAAGCGUUUCUGAAGGUAAAUGUAUUAUUUUAAAGGAAAGGCCCAUACCUGCUGAACGCCAUCGAGGGUCUAGUCACAGACAAGAAGGUGUGGUGUCACCAGUGUUUCCUCCUGCCCAGAAACAAAUUCAUCAAAAACCCAUACCUCUGCCACGAUUUCCUGAAGGCGGGAGCUCAACUGUAGAUGGGCCAUCCUCUAGUUUUUCAUCUAGUUCCACUUUUUCAGAACAGGAAGCUGACCUCCACUAUAAGCCAUGGUAUGCUGGUGCCUGCGACCGAAAGUCAGCUGAAGAGGCAUUACACAGAUCCAACAAGGAUGGAUCAUUCCUUAUUCGAAAAAGCUCGGGCCAUGAUUCCAAACAGCCAUAUACAUUAGUUGUAUUCUUUAAUAAGCGAGUGUAUAAUAUUCCAGUGCGAUUUAUUGAAGCAACAAAACAAUAUGCUUUGGGAAGAAAGAAAAAUGGUGAAGAGUAUUUUGGAAGUGUUGCUGAAAUCAUCAAGAAUCAUCAACACAGUCCCUUAGUUCUUAUUGACAGUCAGAAUAACACAAAAGAUUCUACCAGACUGAAAUAUGCAGUUAAUGUUUCAUAAAAGAAAAAGAAUGUCAGAGUAAUUGCAUCACACAUUUUCUCUGAGCCUUUCCUCUUGAGAAAAGUCCCCAAACUUCAUAUUUUGGAUUAGGAAUUACAACUAAUAAAAUGGAACAACAAGGCAAAUAUUAAGGUAGACAUCCACUCUUUUAUAAGUUGCCUGCAGGAACUUCAUCUGUUCGUUGUCUGACCUUAUGAACUAAUAUCUGGGAAAGUUGAGUUCUCAUAGUACUAGUAUUCUCCAAAUAAAUGUAUUGAAAAGAAACAGGUAUAAAACAUUUUCAUCAUAUAAAAAAUACUACGAAUUAUACUCUUGUAUAAAUAAAUCUACUGGAAAUUUAGGCCUCCACAAUGGCCACUGGUACAUGACUGUAGCUUGGCUAUUUCAAUGCUUGACAAUUAUGUUUUCUUUAAAUAUGCAAAAAAUAAAAUAUAGGUAAUAUAUGGUAUUUGUAAAUAUAGAUUAGUGGGUAUAAUAAUUCUGUGUGUCUGUGUUUGUGUGUGUGUGUAGCCAUGGGAAAUUUAGCUAGAAAUGAACUUUCUAAAAGUUCUCUAGGAUUUCAUUGUUAUAUUUGUUUAUCAAAGAUAAUUGUAGCCAUUCAAAGAUCCAAUGAAAAAUGGGCAUCUGAGAUGAUUACACACUUCUCAGUUGAAGAAAUACAAAUGGCAAAUAAAUACAUGAAAAAAUGUUCAUCAUCAUUACUCAUUAGAGAAAUGCAAAUUAAAACAACACUGAGAUUCCAUCUCACUCCAGAAAGAAUGGCCAGGAUCAAGAAAACUACCAACAACAAAUGCUGGAGAGGCUGUGGGGGAAAAGUAACUCUCCUGCACUGUUGGAGGGAGUGUAGACUGGUGCAACCACUGUGGAGGUCAGUCUGGAGAUUUCUCAGAAAGCUGGGAUUGGAGGUCCCAUUUGUUCCAGGUAUCCUACUUCUAGACAUAUUCCCAGAACUGAAAACAUCAUACCACAGUGAUAUAUGUGCACCCAUGUUUAUAGCAGCACCAUUUGUAAUAGGCAGAUCUUGGAAACAACCUAAGUGUCCAUCAACUGCAGAACGGAUAAAAAAGUUGUGGUGUUUUUAUGCAAUGGAGUACUACUCAGCUAUAAAGAAUGAUCACAUUGAGAUAUUUAUAAAUAAAUGGGCACAGCUUGAGACCAAUACUCAUAAGUGAAAUAAAUCAAACUCACAUGUAUAAAUUCCGGAUAGUUUCCCUAGUGUAAGAAAUGUUAAGAAUACAUAAAAGUAUGUGGUAAACAUGAUUCCCCAUUAUAUUGCUUUGUAGCCUUAUAAUGUUUUCAUUAAUUGGAAUGGUUCUAUUCUGGAUUGUUUGAUUUUAUUGCCUGUGAUGGUGUGAAUAGUUAUUUUGAAGAAAAUAAGACAAUAUAAUACCUAGUGCUGAUAUAAUAUCAUCUUAUUUUGAAGGCCCAUGAAGCUUUUUUUCUUCUGUCUCUAUCAGUUUAUCAUGUUGUAUCUUAUUGGAUUUUAUUAUAUGUGAUAAUACAAAAAUUUGUAAACAAAAUUUUUUAUAGACAAGGAGAUAAUAUAGAAACCAUUGUUCAUUUUAUGUUAGUUGUUUCUAAAUACCCUGUAAUACUUUCAUUCUCUUGAAUGGUUUUACACUGUCAUGUUGUGUUUGAUGCUAUAAUAUAUGAAGUUAUACUCAAAUAUUUCAAGGAGACACUAUGGUAGCUACUGUUAUGUCGGGUUAUCUUGUGGUGAAACACUAUGUUGCCUAAAUUGUUCUGUUCUGACCUGUGUUGUUAUCUCCUCUUUUAUCUUAAUCUCCUUGUUUCUUUUAAUUUAAAAAAAGAUAAUUAUAACCUU